UUUUAAAUGCAAAGGACCGGUCGCGGAUUCGCGCACACCACCAUCGGUCCCCGCGCGGAGAGAAUGUUUGCACCGUCAAAGGCCGCAUUGCCGGCCAUUGUCGCACUGGCGAUAAUCACAGUUGGUGUUAAUUCUUCGCCAGUUCCGGAAUCAUAUGAUGAAAAUCAUCAGGAAAAAGGAGCUAUUGAUGACGAUUUUUCAGAAGACGUAAUUGAUCCUACAAACGUGCGCACAAAGCGCCAAGUCGAUUAUUAUGGCAGUUACUACUACGACACCAACUUUAAUAACAACAAUUGCGGAAGCGGAUCGAAUAGAUUUUUCAACGCCCUUGGACUUGGUCUGAGCAACUAUUUGCCAUACUAUAGCAGCAGGUCUCGGAAUAGGCGACUCGUAAGGAAUAGGCAACCCUUGCUGUACAACGGCCGAAGAGGACUUUACGCACCCAGCCGUUACUUCUCCAGUUCUUCUUCCACUGGCAGUUAUGGCACUUAUGGCAGUAACAUGUAUUCAGGGUAAAAUUGGCAAAACAUUGUAUUCCAUGCGACAGAGAAACGUGAAAUUUUAAAAGAAAUGGAAGAAAAUUUACUCCAUCAUUUAUAAUUAUAGCAAAAUAAAAAGCAUUUUUGG